UUCAUCACAUUACACAACUCUCUUUUACAUAUACCCCCAAACACUUCAAAUGGAGAACUCCUGCGUGAGACAAAGAGUAUUCUCCAAUCACCAAAUCCGAACGAUACACGAAGAAGAAGAUCAAGAAGAGAGUAGUUGGAUAGUCUACUUUGAAGAUAUUGAUCACGACGAUGAUUCAAUGGUGGAGACCGAAGAAGAAGAAAUGAGUCAUUAUUACGAUAAUGAUUCCUCUAUGAUCUCGGACGCUGCAUCUCCUGUCCGCACCACAAAGAUUAAUAAUGUUGUUCGUCGAAAGGCCACCAACAUUAAUACAAACCCUAAAAAGAGACGAAUCAUUCAUCAACACAAAGAAGAAGAAGGCGAACAACAACAACAACAACAAAAAGGAGAGGAAGAAGAAGAUGAAGAAGACACAGCUUCUUCUCCUUCUAAUAAAACCAAGGGUUUCUUUGUAUUGGAUGGAGCGGAAGAUAAUGGAAAAUUCACGGACAAUGUUACAUCCGAGGAGAAAGGAUGCAUAACAGAGACAGGAUCGAAGAUAAACGAAGUUAUGAAUGAAGAAUUCUCUGCGGAACUGAAGAAGAGAGGACUUUGUGUAGUUCCUUUGUCCAUGUUAUCUAACCUUAUUGCUUGA